AUGAGAUAUAGCCCGGCAGUGGUCGAGGGCUCGGACGACAGCCAACUCACAUGGAACAUGUACAAUUCGAUCAGUUACUUCAACACGGCUAUGGUCUCGUGCUGCGCACAGGCCGAGACGCUGAACAAUUUGGGGCGAUAUCCACUGCUGUUCAAGAUUGCGCCCGACAUUAAAG